AUGUCCAAGGGUGAAGCGCGUGCUGCAUUGAAGCGUGGUGCCAAAAUGGCCCGCGCCGCUGCUCGCCAACAAGCUGCCGCUGAGGCAAAAGAAAAGGCUCGUCUAGAGCGCAUGACAGAUUCCCAACGCGCCGCUGCGACGGCCGAGGCUGAUGCGAAGGCCCGCGAAGAUGCGAAGCCCAAGUCCUUGGCAGAAGCGGAGGAAAAAGAGCUUGCUCAGCGCCGCGCACUUCGCAAACAACGACGAGAUUCUAUCAAGUCCAGCAACUUUGUGCGCGCUGCAUGA